UAGACCCUCCACAAAAGAUCAAUGGCUAAUAUUCAUCUUGCAUGCAUUUCAAUAAACUCUAAAAUGUGUACUUUUAUCCUUAUUCCAAUAAUAUAUGUAAGUUUGAAUCAGUUCAGCUUAAUAAAUGAAAACAAACCCUAAAAUGUGUACUUUUAUCCUUAUUCCAAUAAACUCCGAAACCUCCUUUCAAAAAAAAAAAAAAAACUCCGAAACCUCGUUAUUGCUAAGCCCGAGAGGCAGUGGACCUUGACACGCGCAGCCCAUUGGCUACGAGACGAACACAUCUGCAUAAGCGGGCCGCAUCAAUCGAACCAAUUUCGAGUUUUCGAUAUUUCAGAGAUAAGAUUCCCCACACAAUUCGCAAUUUCAACUUCUUACACACCCCCAAAACCAAAAAAAUCUCCAGCAUUCAACCAUUUUCAUCGUCUACUACAGAAUUUUGCUGCCAAAUGAUGCUGAAUUUCACAACAAAUUGAAGUUCAAUUCGUCGCCAUUGAAGCUAAGCAUGGGAAUUCCAACAGCUUUGCGUUGCAAUUCAUCGUCGCUUUCGCAGUGUACUCAUUGCUCUGUUCUUCGUUUUCAGCCUUUGAUUGUUGCUUCUUCUUCUUUGGAUUUUCCUCGCAAAUUUCGCCGUUGUCAAUUGCGAUUUCUAGCUGUUUCUAGGUUAGGGAUUCAAAGAAAAAUUGAUUUCGUUUGUAGAGUUGGUGAAGAUAAUAUUGAACCUGAUACCAAUGAUAAUAAGGGAAAGGACAACCAUGAAGGAAAUGAAAGUGUGGGGUCGGCUAAUUCCAGCACAGAGAAUGAUUCACAGUUUGAGAAGGAGAAGGAGCAGGUAUCCACCACUGAGGCUCUAAAUUCACUGAACAAAUUUUUACAAAACAGUCAAAACAGUGAGAUCAAAGUCAAUGGUGAAGGUGGUUCGCAAGAGAAGGAGCAAGUAUCUACCACUGAGGCUCUAAAUUCACUCAACAAAUUUAUACAAAACAAUCAAAACAAUGAGAUCGAAGUCAAUGGUGAAGGUGGUACGCAACAGGAUGAUCCUGAUGAUUUACAAGUUUCCAGUGGCUCACCUCUUCCAGGUGUGAAGGUGAUUAUGCCGCAACAACUGGAUGAAACAAUUAGGAUUCCAAAGGAGACAAUUGAUAUACUUAGAGAUCAAGUAUUUGGAUUUGACACUUUUUUCGUGACAGGGCAAGAACCAUAUGAGGGUGGAGUAUUGUUUAAAGGAAAUUUACGAGGGGUAGCAUCUGAAAGCUAUGAAAAGCUAUCAAAGAGGUUGCAGGAUAAAUUGGGAGAUCAAUAUAAGCUGUUUAUGCUUAUCAAUCCUGAAGAUGAUAAGCCUGUGGCAGUGGUGGUGCCAAGAAUAACAUUGCAACCAGAGACAACAGCUGUUCCAGAAUGGUUUGCAGCAGGGGCUUUUGGAUUGGUGACUAUCUUUACCUUACUACUUCGAAAUGUUCCUGAACUGCAGUCAAACUUGUUAUCUAGUUUUGAUAAGCUUGAAUUGCUGAAGAAUGGUCUUCCUGGAGCACUUGUGACCGCGCUUAUUUUGGGGGUACAUGAGCUUGGACAUUAUAUUGUUGCUAAUGAUUGUGGAGUGAAACUUGGUGUGCCAUAUUUCAUCCCCAGUUGGCAGAUAGGCUCUUUUGGUGCCAUCACAAGAAUCGUCAAUAUUGUACCUAAACGUGAGGACCUUCUGAAGGUUGCUGCGGCUGGACCCCUGGCUGGAUAUAGUUUGGGUCUCAUACUGUUCUUUUUGGGAUUCAUUCUACCACCAAGUGAUGGCCUUGGCAUUGUGGUUGAUGGUUCUGUUUUUCAUGAAUCAUUGCUAGUCGGGGGAACUGCAAAACUUCUUCUAGGGGAUGUCCUUAAGGAAGGUCAAGCAAUAUCACUCAAUCCACUUGUCCUAUGGGCAUGGGCUGGGCUGCUAAUUAAUGCCAUUAACAGCAUUCCGGCUGGAGAGCUUGACGGUGGGCGUAUUUCUUUUGCCAUAUGGGGAAGAAAGGCAGCCGUUCGGCUUACUGGAGCCUCAAUUGUACUUCUGGGACUGUCUUCAUUGUUCAACGAUGUGGCAUUCUACUGGGUAGUUCUGAUAUAUAUCUUACAGAGGGGUCCGAUUGCUCCCCUUUCUGAGGAAAUCAGCGAACCUGACCAGAAGAAUGUUGCUCUUGGGAUUGCAGUUUUAGUCCUUGGACUUCUUGUAUGCUUGCCUUAUCCCUUCCCAUUCGCCAAUGAAGCCUUGACGAAUUUAUGAAACACAGGCAGAGUUUUAUAAGUUGUUUAUCGUUGAUUAGUUUUGUAAGUAUAGUAUCACAAAAUAUUUGUUAUAGUACCUUCAAACAAUCCCCUCGGGCAUUGUACUUGGGAAUGUCAUCUCACAGCAAUAAAGGUUUAAAAUUCAAUACAUUAGGAAUGAAUUUCGAAUCA